AUGUUCAAGUAUGACAGCGUCCAUGGUCAAUGGAAGCAUCACGAGUUGAAAGUUAAAGACUCUAAGACCCUUCUCUUUGGAGAGAAGUCCGUGACUGUUUUCGGUGUCAGGAACCCAGAGGAGAUUCCUUGGGCUGAGACUGGAGCUGAAUUCGUAGUGGAGUCAACUGGGGUUUUCACUGACAAGGACAAGGCCGCCGCCCAUUUGAAGGGUGGUGCUAAGAAAGUAAUCAUCUCUGCACCCAGCAAGGAUGCUCCCAUGUUCGUUGUGGGUGUGAAUGAGAAUUCAUACACGGCUGAUCUUGACAUUGUGUCAAAUGCUAGCUGCACUACUAACUGCCUUGCUCCCCUGGCUAAGGUCAUUCAUGACAGAUUUGGCAUUGUGGAGGGCCUUAUGACCACUGUUCACUCUAUCACUGCCACUCAAAAAACUGUUGAUGGGCCAUCAGCCAAAGAUUGGAGAGGUGGAAGAGCUGCUUCAUUUAACAUAAUUCCCAGCAGCACAGGAGCUGCUAAGGCUGUUGGAAAGGUGCUCCCUGCGUUAAAUGGAAAAUUGACAGGCAUGUCCUUCCGUGUCCCCACCGUUGACGUUUCAGUGGUUGACCUUACAGUAAGGUUGGAGAAGGCAGCUACUUAUGAUGAAAUAAAAGCAGCAAUCAAGGAAGAAUCUGAGGGAAAGCUUAAAGGAAUUUUGGGAUACACUGAAGAAGAUUUGGUCUCCACAGACUUUGUUGGCGAUAGCAGAUCUAGCAUCUUUGAUGCGAAAGCCGGAAUUGCCCUGAGCGAGAAAUUUGUGAAGCUUGUGGCUUGGUAUGACAACGAGUGGGGCUACAGCUCACGUGUUGUUGAUCUCAUCCGCCACAUUGCAAAAACAAAGUAA